AUGGCGCAGACGUCCAUGACGCGUGAGGCGUGUGCCACGCUCUGCUACACCUUCAACUUUUUCACUCAAGCGCCGUUGAUCUUCAAGGAGAAGGCCGGUCUCGUUGGCCCCGAUCCCGUCACCAGCCCAUGCGCCUUCCUCGACUACGGCGUCAAGAGGCUCGACAUCACGCCGUGUCUGCAUCUGGUGGAGACGAACACGGCCGUUGCCUCUGCGUGCAUCAUCAACCAGGACACGUGUGCCACCCACCUUCAUUGGCCCCACAGGUCUUGGCGCAGCCUUCAACCGCGUGUCAUAUCCACGGAGACGCGCGCCUUCAACAAUCUCAACUGGCACAGGGGCAGCGGCGUCUUGCAGAAGAUCAGACUCACAGAUCUCUGCUUGAGCGGCGAGUACGCUGCUGCUUACGUGGCCGGCUGCCAGGACGGCCCAGACAAGAAGUACAAGAAAAUGGCAGCAGGUCUCAGACACGUUGACGCGCACUCGGUCGAGACAACCGCGUGGCAUUCAACCGGAACAUUUCCAUCUUUGACCUCUGGGACACCGAGGUGUUACAGGCGCGGGCACUCGCUGCCAUGUGCUCGUACGCCAGCAUCAACGGCGUGCCCUCGUACGCUGAGCGGUGGCGCAGAUAUGGAGCUCGGGGAUACAUGCUUCACCACAAACGGCAACUUGGCGCAGGCUGUGCAGCACAACCGCACAACAAUCAACACGAUGCACAACACCGUGCGGCGGGCAUCGAUGGGUGCACGGCCUGUGGACCCAAGCCUCACCUCCAGUAACGGCCCCUGCAUCAGCGAGUGCCCCGAUGGCGGGCAUGAGCUCGGCCAACGGGUUUGCGCAUUGCCCAUUGCCCUCUCGGCUGGCUACUACGCCAAGGACCACCGCUGCGUGCCAUGCCACACGUGGUGCAUGGGCACCUGGGCCUCUGCCCCAUGCUCCGCGUCCUACGACGCCGUCUGCUCUCCGUGGACCGAGUGCAGGACAGGCCCAGAAGGAGUUUCUGCACCCUUUGGCAUGGAGUACCAGCCGCUGCCGGACCGCGCCUCGUGCUUCCCCACCAGCGUGUGCGAGGAGCCCUUCAUCGAGACCAUCCCGCCCCCGCUCACCACAGACCGCCUGUGCUCCUGCGACACGCUCACCUGCAACAAGCUCAUCACGCAACUGUUUGAGGAGAUGGUGUGCGCUGAGCCCACGGACGAGCAGCUCGACGUGGUGCUUGACGUGUGCUGCUCCGGCCAGGGCGAGGAUGGCAUCCGCAACACUCGCCAGAUGGACGCCUAUGAGGCACGCCGCUCCUGCCCAGGCUGCACAGACACGUGCGAGUGCAGUGCUGGCUUCAUGCUUGUCUACGACGCCGACUCGGCCGACUGUCGACCAUGCGACGGCGUGACGGAGUUCUCCGCAUCCAUUGGCGGCAGCAAGUGCGAGGCCAUUGAGGAGUGCGAGCGCGGCCAGGAGGAGAUCUCCGCGCCAACCCACUACUCCUCGGACCGCGUGCGCCGCGACUGCCCGGCCGGCGCCAUCGACACAGACAGUGACGGCUCCACGGCUUCACCUGCCGCGCUGGCACCCACCACGACCAUCACGACAGCGACCCCGCCACCCUCGUGCAUGGACGUCACAGAGUGCGCGCCCGGGUUUGAGGAGGUGCAGGCGAUGACCCUCCUCAUCAGCGACCGUGUCUGCGACAAGUGCCUGGAUGGCACCUUCAAGGCUGUCUCUGGCCUGCCAGGGCAUGCCCUGCCUGCCCGUCACCACGUGCGACGCCGGCGAGGAGGAGACGGCCGAGCCCACCAUCCCGACGAGCGACCGCGUGUGCAGCCAGUGCGAGCUUGGCGCCACCUUCAAGCGCGUCGACGGCCAGGCCGAGUCGUGCCGCCCCGUCACGCAGACACGUGCGUGCCCGUGUCGCGUUGCGCUGCCUCGGAGUACAUUUCCUUUGGCACCUUCCAGAGCCAGGUGCCCACGCUCGAGUGCUCCGAGUGCCCCAGCGGCCGCUUCGAGAUUCGCGCCUGCUCCGCGCUGGAGGACGUGCAGUGCGCCGGCUGCUCUGCGUGCCCGCCAAACACAUACAUCCUGCGCGCCUGCGACUCGGAGAACGACGUCUUGCCAGCAUGCAACCCGUCGACGGAGUACGAGCGCACCGCCUGUGCCACCUCAUCACCAAGUGCGCUGGCGAGCAGCGUAUCCGCGCGCCCACCUCCACCUCCGACACCAAGUGCGAGCCGUGCCCCAUCGGCACCACUGACCACGACCGCAACCCGCUCACCGCCUGCCAGCCGUGUUCCUAUGGCCACUGUGUGCCUGCAGGCCCCAUCGGCUCCUGCGAGCAGUUCCUGUGCCUGGUCGGCACCGCCGACCUGGAUCGCCGCAACGCCAGCACGCCGUGCCAGGUUGGCGUGGACUUUGCCGCCCUCUCUCUGGUCAGCGCGAUUGCACUACUGUGGCGGAGUGCAACCUUGGCUACGAGGAGAUGGUGCGCCCUGCUAUGCGCCCCACCAUCUUCACCGACCGCCAGUGCCGCCGCUGCAUCGAGGGCCUGUUCUACCGCAACAGCAACACGGGCUUCUGCAUGCGCCACAGACCGCGAGUGCCAGAUGGGCCCGCAUAUGCCCCAACAACAACACGUUCAUCUCGCGCCCGCUCAUGCCCGCAGAACCGCAUCUGCUCACCGUGGACGCAGUUCCUGCCAAACAAAGCACGAGCUCGUUGCGCCGUCGCUGGUCAACGACCGCGAGUGCAAGCCCGUGCGCUCGUGCCAGCACACAGAGUACGAGGUGUCGGCGCCCACGGCCACGACAGACCGCCUCUGCGGCACCAUCAGUGGAGCAUUCAACGCCCUUGCCGGCACGCAGUCGCGCCGCGGGGCGUUUGAGGUCGUGCUGGGGUCCAUCAUCGCCACUGUCGCCUCCCUCAACGAGGACUUUACGCGCUCCUCUUCAGCCGAUCCGUCUCUGGCGACGUCACCGUCAUGGGCUCCACCGCAUCGCCGUGCGAGGCCGACGUGUCCUGGACGACUCGUCCCUUUGGUUGCACGGCAACGAGCUCAAGGCAUCGGAUGCAGUUGGCUCUUGGACCACCACGGCGUACCGCUAG